AUGCAGCCAGCGCAAGAGAACCACGAGAACGACGAUCAGCCAGGCACGCCGCCCCGCCCGCCUUAUUCCCCAAUGACUCCAGUUCUGUCGCAUCUCGCCCCGGCGAACGACUCCGCCAUGACAAACGGAGCCUCCCAUCCCUUCGCACCCCCAGCUACAUCGCCCUCACCUACUACUCCGGCUCCUCCCUAUGCAUCACUCUCCAACUUCCCAGGCACACAGGGCCAGGUGGUCUUUGGUCAAGAGCCCGCGCCCGUGCCGAUUUCGGAAAGUGAGAACCCCGAUGCGAUCGCAUUGCGGUCCGCCAUUUCUAUCCUGCAACUACAGAAACAGCAGAGUAUACGAGAUAUACAGACAUUGGAGAAGUUGAAGAAAGUCGCUGCUGCAGAUCCGGAAGGGUUUGCGCGCGAAUUGGCCGCGGGGAAUCUCACGUCAGCGAAAGAUCAGGGGGCUUACAUCAAUUUCACACAUAAAGACGACAAACCGGUCAGCGACGCGGCAGGGGAAUCAACAAAGCAGGCGUUGGCCGACAUAGGACCGAUCCCAACGCCCCAAAACGUGGUCCGAAUGCCACCGGUCAACUGGGCCAAGUAUCAAGUCGUAGGUGAACCAUUGGAUCGCAUGCAUGAAGACCAAUUGCGGCGUCCGUCUCCUGGCGAGCCGAGACGUCCAGAAACCUCGCAACGGGCGCCUGAGCAUGUCGUAGCCUCACCCUAUCGGCCGUUGGUAGAUAAAUUGGAUAGUCCAACACAAGUUAAAGGGACCAGAAAGAACAAGAAAAUCUGA